AGCAAAAUACAAAGCGUUCAAGAGUGACGGUGCAUCCGGGCGAUUGCCGGCGGGUUCCAGAGAAAGUUAUUCACUUUACCACUCGUAGGAAUUACAUUUAUUGAACUGAUUUCCAGUGUAAGCCUCCGUGAUGGCAUUCGACGUUAGGAGAUUUGAUAUCUACAGGAAAGUUCCAAAAGACCUUACACAGCCCACUUAUACGGGAGCUUUCAUUUCCAUUUGCUGCUGCAUAUUCAUGCUGUUCCUUUUCUUGUCAGAACUGACUGGAUUCAUUGCCACUGAAAUAGUGAAUGAAUUGUAUGUGGACGAUCCUGACAAAGAUAGUGGAGGAAAAAUUGAAGUAAAUCUAAAUAUCAGCUUACCUAAUCUUCCAUGUGAUGUUGUUGGACUGGACAUCCAGGAUGAAAUGGGAAGACAUGAAGUCGGCCAUAUUGAUAAUUCCAUGAAAUUACCUCUAAAUAAUGGCCAAGGCUGCAGAUUUGAAGGACAAUUUAGCAUUAAUAAGGUACCAGGAAACUUCCAUGUAUCCACGCACAGUGCUACAGCACAACCAGAUAAUCCAGAUAUGACUCAUGUAAUUAACAAAUUGACAUUUGGGGAAAUAAUAGAGGUUAAAAAUGUUCAAGGUGCUUUUAAUGCUCUCGGUGGAUCAAGUAAACUUUCCUCAAAUCCUCUGGCAUCACAUGACUAUGUACUGAAGAUAGUUCCGACUGUUUAUGAAGAUUUAGAGGAAAGGCAGCGUUUUUCCUAUCAGUAUACAGUGGCACAAAAGGAGUAUGUCGCAUACAGCCACACAGGGCGUAUUAUUCCUGCCAUCUGGUUCCGAUAUGACCUCAGCCCGAUCACUGUAAAAUAUGUUGAACGGAAACAACCGAUAUACAGGUUUAUUACAACAAUCUGUGCAAUCAUUGGAGGAACAUUUACAGUUGCUGGGAUCAUAGACUCCUGCAUUUUUACAGCAUCUGAAGCUUGGAAGAAGAUUCAGUUGGGCAAAAUGCACUAACAGGAACAUAUAAAGUUGCUGAGCCAGCGUGGUUUGCCAGUAACUGGUUUAAAUUUUUUGCAUUUUUUUUAUUUAUGUCAGGUCAUCAUCCAAGGUCUUUUAAAGUUAGCUAGAUCUUCGGCAAUUUGUUUUUUGUUACAUCUGCAUCAUUACAAAUAGAAAAGUGUCAAAAAUGAAGUUUGCAUAUCUAAAAUGAAAAUGUUCUUGAACGGAUAAAGAUUAUUCUGCACUUCUCUCUUUGCUGGUAGUAAGUUAUAUUUGGAAAUAAAUCAGUGACAAUGGUUGAAGAAAGACUGAGGCUGGGAAGAAUUUGAGAAAUACAAAUUUACUUAUUUUAGCUUUGGUCGAGGACAUAGCACUGGUCAAUGAACAGCCACAUGUUUCUUUUACAUUUUUAUGCCUCUUUGAUGAAAGUUGAGAAUAAUUAGAUUUUUUUCUAGUUUCUUUUAACAAAGAUCAACGUACUACUUAAUCAUUAGUUGACUCUGUCUUUAGAUUUUUGAUGAUCCCAACCAAGAGAAAGUAGUAUUGUCAUGCAAAUGAUGGGUUAUAAUUUCCUGAAUGAUUUGAUUUUUAAUAAAAUGUGUGGAAAUGCUGUACUUGUGUUGUGUGGUAUCCUAAGGUAUCUUGUAUGCUAUGCCUUGCUCCGCACAUAUGCAAAGAUUAACUAGCGUAUUGCAAAUGUUUAAAAGAAUGUGUUGUACAUAUGUAAAUUGUGAAAGCUAUAAGGGUGUUAUAAAAUUAUAAUCUGUGUUCAUAUUAAAUGCCAUUUUGGUAUUGUUACUUAUCAGUAUAAUCAGCUACUCAGCACAUUCAAUCCGAAAACUUAUUGGAUGCAACAUUAAUGCUGGAUUUUAGGUAAAAAACUAAAAAUUAGUUGAAGAUGUAAUGGGGGAAGGCUCAGGAGGAAAAUAUGUAGUUGGUUUCUGGUGUUUAUUAGUAUAGCUGUUGAAUAGUCUUGCCUCACAUUUUUGAUUAUCAACCUUAGUGAAACUUACUGUGCAUAGGACUCCACACGUUUAGGGCAAGCAACCAAAGAUGAAUGUCCUCCUGUUGCCUUACUUCUGUAAGCUGAAAUUAUUUGAAAUAGUUAAAAAGAAUAGGAGAUGCGUUCUUCGUAAGGUUGUUAGAAACGUAGUGUCACUCAAAAUUUCAUGAAGCAGCUAAUUCAAUUGCUAAAAGAUAUCAGCAGAAUUGUUAUCAGAAGUUUAGCUAUCAUGUGAGAAGAUAUUUUUUAAAAAUGCUGAUGAAAAAGAAUGAAUGAUAAAAUGUUGCUAUUUUAUUUUACCAAUGCAUACGUGCCAAAUAUCUUCAAUAAUGGUAUGAUUCAUUUUUAUAAACGUAACCAAAACUAAAUGUUUCUUCAAAAAUAUUAUUCAGAAUUGUGAAAAGUCAUUUUUUUUUUCAUUCAUGGGAAUGCUCUUGAGUGACCACCUUGGACCUCUGAAGUUCAGGGUAAAGAUACCAUUGCAGUACUGCUGGGUUACGUGUGUGUCUAGGAUAUUAACUCAAUGGUCCUGAAAGAACUUCAAAUGUCCUUCUUGUAUGAGGGGAAUUUUGUAGGUGGUGGUGUUAACAGUAAUCUGUCAUUCUCAGAGGUCACAUCGUUGGUGGCACGGUAGUGUAGUGGUUAACACAACGCUUUACAGUACAGGUGAUCCAGGCUCAAUUCCUGCGUCUGCUUGCGAGGAGUUUGUACACUCUUCCCGUGACCACGUGGCUUUCCUCUGGGUGCUCCGGUUUCCUCCCACAGUCCAGAGGCAUUCCAGUUAGUAGGUUAAUUGGGCAUUGUAAAUUGUCCCGUGUUCACAAUAGAGUUAAAUUGGGCACCACUGGGCGAUGUGGCUUGAAGGUCCGGAAGGACCUUCUCUCCGCGCUGCAUACCAAUAAAUAAAUAAAUAUGAUUUAAUAAAGCUUAGCUGAAAAUUAAUAUGUGGUAAAGGCUACAGAUGAAAUAUCUUAAGGUAGCUGUGUUUGUAAGCAGCUCAUCUUGUCCAGAGGCUGAGAUGAUUAACCUCUGAUAACUACCACUGCCGUUGUAUGAGAUGUGACUCCAGACAUUUUAAUGUUUACUUUUCUCCCACUAGUUCCAAUCAGCUUGAAUUCCGAUCAGGCGCUGCCUUGGAAUUGAGGACAUUUCACCUUGCCUUUGGGUCUGCUUCAUUCCUGACAUGGGCCAAAAUGUAAUACCGAGUUCUGGAACUUCCUUGUCUUGAUGGAAUCCAAGCUGAGCACUGUCAAGUGAGGUAACCAAGAGUGAAUGGCACCAAGAGUUGAUGGUAAUAGUUCAGUGAGCAGCUAAGUUAAUGGUUGAGGGUAGAUUGAUGCAGUUAUAAUGGCUGGGCAAUUUUUGUCUUAUUUUUGGGUUAUGCCAUACCUUGUAUUAGGCUGGUGACAUGGUUAAUUUGAAUCACUAGUCCUCAGUGUUACAGCUGAGAUGUUAUUUGGGCCACAGUGUUGAUGAUCUAGUGCAUUCAAUUCUUUGUUAAUUUCAUUGUAUUGACUCACUUUGGUUGAGAUUAGCUCUCUGUAGUUGUGGUAUACAAGAGGCAAAUUUAGCACAUUGCCUACAAAUACACGCUGAAGUCUGGCACCAUUGAAGAUGAAUGUUUUCUGGAAACCUUGUUUCCCUGUAAGUUGUUCAAUUGUUCAUUGUUUCUGCAAAUUUUGAUUUAAUCUUUGAAAAUUGAAAUGGUAUGAUAGGAAGAAAUAUUUUCCUGGAAUUUACAGGUUUCUUGUCUUCUGUUAUAAACCCUACUGUUUAGGUAUAAUCCCGUUCUCAUUAUGCAGUUCUUGUUUGAAUGCCAAAUUCGGACUUUUGAGACAUAACAUACAGUAUAAAGUGUCAUGCAUCACAAAGGUCUGAAUAAUUACUUUCAUUUGUGUAUGUUUUAUUUGAGCAUUUAUGCAAAUUGAAUAGGAGCUACCUGGUCACAUCUUGAAAGAAUGUGCAGUUCCACUUUUUAGAACAAUUUCCUUUUGCUUUGUUAUGGUAACAUGAGCGGGUUAGCUUGUCUCUGUUCUGCACUGCUGCAAUAAGUAUGCCAUCUGCUAGCUUACGGGAGCUGCAGCAGUGCCAAAUGACAUUUUUAGCAAUGAACUUAAAUUGUACUCAAUACAAAAUAACAUUUUUAGAUUUGAGAUUGUUCCACACUUCCGUCAUCAUCCUCUAACAAAUUGGAUUGAAAACUACAGCUGUGUGUCCUCUGGGCGUAACUGCAUUGACGACGUAUCUGUUUUCUUUCAUUUAAGUUACGCCAUUCUUGCAACACUGAAAUAAAAUAGUCCAUCUUAUUAAAUAUUGCAGAAGUUCCACUUUAAUAAUGAAUACUGGGAAAAUACAUUUUUAUGUUUUUUAUUGAUCAAAGUAUUUUAAUGACAGUAUUUUUCAGUAGAUGGGUUAACCAGGGAAGAGCAGUGCAAAUGGAUGAAAGGACAAAUGGUGAAGAAAGUUUCUCUCUUUCCGGAGGAUAUUCAGACAUCCAUUUACUUUACAGGUGUUUCCAUCUUGUUAAGGGCUGCAAUGAUAGAACACAGAUGAAAAUUGCUGUACAGCUUGUCUUUCCCUUCUCAAUCCCCCUCCUCCUUUACGUUAACACUUACAUUUUGGAAGUUUGUGCACUUAUCAAACAGAAGAAAAUCAGAAAUUAUACUGCAUUAUUUGUUGGCAAAAUUUGGAGUCUGAUUGGAGUUUAAUCCUUUGCUUCCUGAAAUUGUUCAAAAUGAACAAUGUUUAUAUCUAAUUAAAGAAAUUACCAUGGUAAUCUUGGCACUUGUGUUCUUGUAUAAAUAUUAGCAGUAGAUUACACCUGCAGCUUCAUUAAGUGUGAAUUCAGUGGAUUGCAUGGAACUAUCUGUACUAUGUGGUGACUGAAUUAAGUUGCCAACUAAAUGUAUUCAUUUCAUCAGAAGGGGAAAGUUUGUGCCUUAUUUAAAUGAGAAGUGAAGUAAGCUCUAGAAGAUUCAUAGAAUGUGUGGGCACAGCAAUGACAUAGUGGUUUGUUCUAUCACAUUAAUCAUGAUUUGGAGACAACAUGCAGAAGACCAAUACUUUUUUAACAAGGUCUUAUUUCUCAAUAUAUUUUUCUUCAACUUGUUCUAUAAAUUGAAAUGAUUUAGGAUUUCUGCCCAUGCACAGAUUUUGUAAAUGGUCCACUGGUAGAAAGUCUGAAGCUAUGGUACUUAGUUUCAGGCAUUUGAGAAUAAGAUGAGAAUUUUCUUCUCUGGUUAGGCUGCAGUGUUGGAAUUCUCUGCCCCCAGAGGGCUUUAUGUUCAAAGGUACAUUUUAAGACAUUGGGAAAUUUGAGGAUGAUUGUUAUCAUGUAGAAAAGUGGAGUUGAGGCCAAACAAGGGAUUAGCUGUGAGCAAGCAGUGGUGGAGCAGGCUCUAAGGAGACAUAUGGUUCACUCUUCUUAUGUUCAUGAAUGCUUCAGGUACAGUAAUUGUGGGAUCAAACAAUAGGCAGCAUUAAUUUCAUGAAUGUUUAAGUAAAGUUGUCUUGGAAUUUGCUUGUGAGUGGCUCGGUAAUUUUAUAUUUUUUUUAUUAUUCCUGUGCAGAAUUUGUCAUAAUAAGAUGUCUGCACAACUAGAACUGAUUCUAAU